AUGGCGAACAUGACACCUCCCACAGACCAUGGAUCCGGGCGCAUGUCUUCCGCUUCCUCCAUGGGCCCUCCAAAGGUCAGGUCACGAACACACAGUCUUUCCAGUGAUAGGGCAUCAACAAUUGGAGCAGGCUUCAUGUCCCCGCCCUUGACAGUGUCUCCCGAGGCAGCUUUCAUCGCCGCAGCGGCUGCUUCCCAGAUCGUUACCAACGACCACGACGCACAUCAAGAUGUCUGGUAUGACCAGCAGGGCAUCGAGCCCCCUUCAGAAACAGUACUCGUCUCUACAGCAGCACUGGCGUUGAUCAACAACUUUCUCGACCGACUUCUUUUCAACCUUCUGUCUACCGCCAAAUCCACAAGCCUCGCUGCCCUGCGACCUGCAGUUUCCGAGGUAUUAAAGCCGAAACUCGCCAAAGAUGCGAUAUAUCAGGCCGACGAGGAACUUCAAGAGUACCUCGGAGGGGGAGAUGAUGAGGACUAUGGCUCGCCUACAAGAUCGGAAGCUGCUCGCGACUGGGAUCUCGAGCUGGUCUGGAAGCGGACUCGUCUGCGCUGCAUGGUGUACUCCUCUCUGGGGGACUUGGAAGAGGAAGACGAAGAUUUUCACAUGGAGCAGGAGAAUCUACUUACCGGGGACGAGACUGUUGAGGAGACGAUAUCACCAGCCGUGGCCAUCUUUCUCACCUCGGUAUUGGAGUUCAUGGGAGAGCAGGCUUUGAUCGUAGCUGGUCAGGCUGCUUUUCAGCGGAUGCGUCACCACUAUGAGAAGUCGUUACGGGAAGGCACUCGAAGCCCCGGCGAUGUGGCCGACAGGAUAGUCGUCGGAGACAGCGACGUCGAGCGCAUCGCUCUGGAUAGGACGCUUGGGCGACUCUGGCGUUCCUGGAAGAAGCAGAUGCGGUCCCCGGCUAUGGCUCAGGAGGCCACAUUCCGCAACUUUUCUCGAGACUCGGCAAGGAGCAGCUCCACAAGCCAUCACAUGUGGCGUAGUCUGAGCGUCGAGCCACCACGGAGGAGAAACGACGGCUCCGCAUCUCCGCUAGAAGUGGAGGAGGAGCCUGCCGAGUUGGACAGGAGCAGCGCCGGUGCAGAGAAGCCGGCGGCUUCCGUACCGCUGCCGGUUGGCCCGGACGACAUGUUGGAGAUCUUGAUACCAGGCCUGGCACAUUACAGUGAUGACGAGGACGAUACUGAGGGCACCAAGAGCGAAACUCUGCCAAGGCGCCCCAAGAGCAUGUUGUUGAGUCCAGUAGCUGCCGGCGCCAGGGAUCCACCAACACCAGCAGCGUCGGUGCCAUGCACUCCGAAGUUCCCUCCUCGCAAGCGAGCCAACUCUUUACCUACUCCUGCAGCAUCCCCGUUCUCGUCGCCCAAGAACAAGCAUAUUGAAACUGUGACAAGUCCGACCGAAGUUGACGGGGCCGCGCCCAGCGAGCCUGUCACAUCAACCUUGAAGCCCGAGAACAUGAGUGAAGGUGACAACGAGGCUUCUGCUAGCAAGGUCCCGCCAGUGUCUCAACAGUCCUCAGAUGCAGCCCUCACAGAGUCGCCAGCCGAUAAAGAAGUGCAAAGGCCUACUAUUCAACAGAGGCGCAUGUCUUCGGCACAGAUCGCGGCCAUGAUUGCAGGUGGCUCUGGCUCUAAAUCCCCAGGUCUUCCCGCUCGAUCCCCAGGCCUGCCGGCAAUGUCGCCCGGAUUGCCCGCUGGACCGGAGCAAGAGCUCAACGAUGAAGCUGAGGAGAUUGAAGAGUUUUGCGAGGAGCCAGAGAUCCUCACGACCUCGAGGAUUUCAGUAUCUGGCAGGAGCACGUCACCCACGACUUCGGAGCGCAGCAAGCCGGCGAUCACUAUUGGGAUCCCGAAACGAUCUGCAAGCGUGCAUUCUGUCCGGGUGAUCGAGGUAGCCACUCCGCGCAGUCCAAUGUCGAGAUCUAGAAACAGCUCCGCCGAUGCACAGGAGCGCACCUCUCUGAGGGGCAGCAACCUGUCACGAACGGAUUCGACCAGCGCUUUUACACCCCCUAUCAGGGAAGAGAGCGGUAGACAGGCUAGUCCCUCGAGGAAGGCUUACCCGUUCCCCACCAAGUCGACGCGCCUGUACCAAAGCGACUCGAUUUCGGAGGCUGAGGAAUCUACUGGGUCGCCCGUCCCCAGCAUGUCGGUGUCUACCCUCUCAAGCAGGACUCCUUCGCCAUUGUCGGAGCAGAAGCCUGCUAUUAGCUAUGACGACCUUGAGGCUCAAGUCCAAUCUCAGCCACCAACCAUCUUCACGGUGCCCAGGGACUCCAAUUCACCAGUCCGCAACUCACCCGCUACCAAAGUCACCAUUGUCAGUUCCAGCGCUUCCGGCGGCAGUUUUUACCACGAGGACAAGCCCGCUGUACCAAGCACCUCGAGGUUGGCCGCCCAGACCAAGGCAGAUGUGCCUCCUCCGCCUGAGCGCAGCUCCAAUCGGCCUCGGGGCACAAGCACACCAUCGACACACCAGGCGUCCUCCGUCGCUCCUGUGUCGGUUGAGCGAUCUAGCCCCAACCGACGUGCUCCGUCUCAGACCAGAGAAGCAGUUGAGCCUCCCCGUGAACGGUCAAUCACUCCCAUGUCUGUGGAGAAGGUUUCGAGCCGCAAGCACCAUGACUCUGUCUCGACAAUCUCGUCUCUGCAGCAGAGGCUGAAGCCUGUCCGCGCUUCGCAAGACUCUACAAGGCCGGUGGACAUUAAGACGUUCGAUGAGCUGAUCCAGAGCGACGAGACGAUCCAGUACACGCUUACACCAGAGAGCAUGCGUGAUAUUGAUGUGAGUUUAUCUGCUUUUCCUGUACGUGCCGUCGGCUCACUGACUUUGCAACAGUCCAUCCGUUCUGGGAAGAAUGAAAGUCCGGUCCUUAGACCUAAGAGCCGAAAGAGUGACGAAAAAAAGUUCCAGGAGCACUCUCGCUCGGCCUCUACCCCCACUGGAGGCCCUCGUGCAUCCGACCUCAAGAGGUCCGCUUCAGUCUCGAGGGCUGGUGCUCUGAACUCUCAUCCCAUCAGCGAGGGUGCACCCCUGUCUGGGCCAAUUCCAAGAGCUCCAGGCCUGACUCCUUCCAAAUCGCACGGCGCGGGACCGCAAGCCCGUGAUGCUAGGAUUCCAUUGGAGUCACUAACGGAAUUUGCGGACUUUAUCCGCGCUACCGGUCCGCCUGGUGCCAGUGGUGGUAUGGGCCCCUCUUCAUCCCGUGCACCCGCAUCUGGUGCGUCCAGAACCACUACCGUUCCCGCGUCCGGUUCCAAGCAGAGCCUGGAAUCCAGCGGUCACUCGUCAAACACUAGCAAUCGUGCACGCUACCAGGCUCGCGAUGCAGCCAUCGACCCCCGUGAAGAUAACUCGGACCUCAUCGAUUUCAUUCGUCGCGGUCCCCAGACCAAGGAUAAUCCUCGGAUUCCUCGGACGGUCGCACCGUUCCGCAACACAAUGGACUCGGACCAGUUCGCAACUGCUUCAGGUGGCAAAGCUGUCGACGCUACGCUGCCGGAUAUUCGUCACAGCGCCGCCUCUACCAGCAUAACGGAAAACUCGGUGCCGUCCUCCAUAAACUCGCAGAGCGCUCUGCUUCGCAAGGACAAGUCGAUGGUUGGCGGCCGUGGUGGCCAAGGCAAUGCGAACAUGUUUGACGAAGAGGACAUGAUUCCCAAGAGGAAGCAGAGACGAGUCCGUGACCCUUAUGCCAUUGAAUUUAGCGACGAGGAGGAUGACUUUGACGAGGCGACUCCCAAGCCCUCCAGGCGCCUCCAGCCGCCGAUUGAGAAGGAGGAGACUCUUGCCGAAUUCCUUAUGAAUGUGCCCCCUCCCAAGGACACGAGUCCCGUCCCAUUAAAUCUCUCGUCGCAGAACCCGCCCACACCCAAGAAGAAGUCGAGCACGGCCAGUCUCAUGGCGCGCUUCACACGUAGGGACAGUACCAAGACCGACCGGAACAGGGCCGACAAGGAGAACAACAAAUUGACCAAACAACCCGAUCCCAACUUGGUUGCGCCUCAGAGCCGAGCCGGCGGCGGCCGUGGCUACGUUCCCAUCCAGGUGAACCUGCCGCCCGGAGUCAACGACUACGGAGCGGUGCCCCCACGGCCCAAAACCACGGGCAGUUCCGGCAGGGUCCCCAUGAAGAAGUUUGAGCCACGCGAGGCGGUUCCGGUACCGAACCGGACCAUCUCUGAGCUUGCCGACUUUUUCCGCAACUCGGAGCCGCCGCGCAACUUUGGCCCGACUGCCUAUAGUGGAGAGAAUGGGCAGAGGCUGCCAAAGCAGUUUGUCGAGGGUGGACAGCGUCUGCCGAAGCAGUUUGCUCAAAGCUGA